AUCACUAUCAGCUGUUGUCGACAAUAGAAUGAUUUGUAUGAUGCAAAUUGCAAAACAAAACAAUGUAAUGUUUAGAAUAUAAGACGGAUGUGUAGUAAUGUGAUAUAAUUAUAUUAAGUCGUAUAAAAUGAAUCAGGUCUUAUCUAGUUAAAUUAUAAAAUGGACUCUGACGACCCAAGACAGCCACUUCUUGGCCACAGAGCAGGCAGAAGUGCUCGCAGAACCAUGGUGAAACUGUGCGGCUUGCAGUCAUGGCGCAGGCGGAUACCGAUAACUGUGUGGCUUCCGAACUACAAACUUGAGUACUUGUUCCGUGAUCUUAUUGCUGGUAUUACAGUCGGCUUGACGUCGAUACCUCAGGGGAUCGCGUACGCCAUGAUUGCUGGUUUACCGGCCCAGGUCGGGCUGUAUUCCAGUAUCUUUCCCGGGCUAGUGUACGCGAUAUUCAGCAGCUGUAAAGACGUGACAGUAGGUCCCACCGCCAUCUUGGCUGCACUGCUAGCUAAAUAUGUCGCCAAAUCACCCGACUUUGCUUACCUAGCGUCGAUGCUGACUGGAUUUGUUAUAUUGUGCCUUGGCGUGUUACAGUUAGGCUUCUUAUUAGACUUUAUAUCGAAGCCGGUUAUAAGCGGUUUCACUACGGCGGCCGCUUUGCAAAUAUCGGCUGCACAGUUGAAGUCUUUGUUCAGAAUUGCGGGCGCAUCCGGGGAUACGUUCAUCAGCGCGGUCAUAAACUUCAUCACCAAUAUCAAAACAGUGCAGCCAUGGGAUACUCUGCUGGGAUUUGCAUCUAUAAUUGUAUUAUUGAUUAUGAAGCGGUCACAUAUAAAGACGUCUCCCACAGACAAUAGAUGGCGCGUCACGGUAUCGAACACGUGGCUGUACGUAAUUCGCGCCCGCAACGCGCUCGUCGUAUUCGUCAGCUUGGCUCUCGCGUACGUACUAUAUAGGUACGGGCUUACUCCAUUUAAAUUAACUGGUACUAUAAAGGGCGGGUUGCCUCGCUUCGGCCCUCCGCCCUUCACAACUGUGGUCAACAAUCAGACACUGAGUUUUGGCCAGAUGCUGGGAGUGUUUGGAGCCGAGGGUCUAGCCAUGCCUCUCGUUGCUAUAUUGGAAAGCAUUGCUAUUGCUAAGGCUUUUGCGGGCAGCAACGUGGUGGAUAGCAGCCAGGAGAUGUUGGCGAUAGGCGCCUGCAACCUGGUGUCCUCGUUCGCUCAGUCCAUGCCAGCCACUGGCUCCUUCACCAGGACGGCUCUCAACCAUGCGAGCGGAGUCAUCACGCCCGCUGGCUCAGCUUUCAAAGCGUGCCUGGUGCUAUUGGCUGUGACUCUACUGGCGGAAGCGUUCUACUUCAUCCCACGCGCCACGCUGGCUGGCAUCAUCAUGGUGGCGAUGGUGUCCAUCAUAGACCUCACCAUCGUGAAGCGACUCUGGACCAGCAGUAAAAGCGAGCUCUGCGUUUGGUUACUAACUGUGAUCGUGGGGUGUUGCGUGGGUCUCGAGUACGGCAUAGCGGCCGGUGCAGCUGUGGACGCCAUCAGAGCUGCUGUCUCCAGCGCCAGGCCCCACGUACACUGUGAAUACUUUAAGAUAAACAACUAUGAUUGCAUUCUGAUGCGGCUGGUGGGCACUCUGUCCUACUCGAGCGCGGAGUACGUCGCGAAGUUCGUGCGCUCGCGUGCGCUGGACACGCCCACCUCGCGUCACGUGAUCAUAUUCGAUACGGCCUUGUUGCGGGCCAUUGACUUCGGUGUCGCUGAGAAUUUAACAACAGCGAUAGUAGAUUUACAGAAACACGAGCAUACUGUAUUCAUAUGGAAUCUGGACUCCAAGCUCCAUGGACUGUUCACAGAUAUACACCCAGAUCUGAAUCGUACAUUCGUAGCCGGAUCUAGUAUAGAAUCAUUUAUAGGACUUCCAUCUGAGCAACAAAGUGUAACUAUAACAACGUAAUAAUUUUAUUGAAUAGAUAAGUGUUAAUUAUUAUAAAAAAUAAAGUUUUCCAGUUAUGUAGUUGUACCAAAUAUUGUGAUAAUUUUAUUAUUAAAGAAUAAUUUUCUGGUUAA